GUUGUAUGUAAACAAAGAUGGCGAACGCUACCAGCCUCGUGCAGGGCUUUAAAGUUGUGGGACUCAAAUUUUGUGAGGAGAGUAAAGGAGUUCAUCAGUUAUUAUGGAAGAAGCACACAGUUCGUAUUCACAGUGAAUGCAAGCCUCCUGACAGAACUCUUUUUGUUGUAAACGUUCCACCCUAUUGCACAGAGGAGGCAUUCCAACGGUUAUUUUCAGAAUAUGGAAAAGUUCAGAAUGUAUAUUUUCACAAAAAACCCACCUCAGGUCCACCACAGUCAGCAAAGUACCCACACUUCUCCAUCGUGACACCUGUCCUGGGUUUUAAAGUGGCUUAUAUCGUAUUUACUCAUUCAUCUGCUGUCAAAAAAGCCAUGGCAGUACCGCCCUCCACUGUCCUGGUGUUAUCAACAAAGGAACACCCAGUGCUAACGGGAGUAAAGAAAUGGCAUCAGCAGUACAAUCAGCAGUUCAUCAGCAGAAUAACACUGAACAAAGAAAUAAAGGCUCUGAUCUCGGAAUAUGAUAAGAAAAAAGAACAAGAACAAGCAGCUAGCAAGCAGGAGCCAGACAAUGAAGGCUGGGUCACAGUUACUUCAGUGAAGAAGAAAAAAACACACAUGAAAAAGAUAGAUGAACUAAAAAACAAGAAGAAUAAAAAGAAAAAGAAGAAGCAUCAAUUAGUUAAUUUUUACACCUUCCAGCACAGGCAAACCAAGAUAGAUCAGCUUGCUCAGCUACGGAAGAAAUUUGAGGAGGACAAGAGGAGGAUAAACUUAAUGAAGGAAUCCAGAAAGUUCCGGCCAUAUUAAUAACUCCAUUGCAAGAAUCACAUUGGAAAGUUAAUAAAUAUUCUGCCUGUGGUUUAAUAAUAAAUUUUUAAAAAAGAGGUUUAAAUUUAAACAAAGAAUUGUUUUAAUCUCUGUGACUGCCUCAAACUAAACAUUUUAUGGUAAAUUGCUCCUAUUCAUCUUUGCAAUAGUAUUUAAAAAUUCUUAUGAUAAUAUUUUGUAAAUAAAAAAUAAAGUUACAUUGAUUUAA